GGCGUCUCCUUCACAGUCUCGCCCGCCCCUCCGGCCGCCUCUGCCGCCGCGCGCCGCAGCAGCGCCGCCUUCCCUGCGCAGUCGGUGUCUCGGCGUUGCUGGGUGGGACUUGGCUCUUCUGCCAUGGGCAAGCAGAAUAGCAAGCUGCGGCCAGAGAUGCUGCAGGACCUGCGAGAGAACACCGAGUUCUCCGAGCUGGAGCUUCAGGAGUGGUACAAGGGCUUCCUGAAGGACUGCCCGACCGGCAUCCUCAACGUGGAUGAGUUCAAGAAGAUCUACGCCAACUUCUUCCCCUACGGCGAUGCCUCCAAGUUCGCCGAGCAUGUCUUCCGCACUUUUGACACCAACAGCGACGGCACCAUCGACUUCCGGGAGUUCAUCAUCGCUCUGAGCGUGACCUCGCGUGGCCGCCUGGAGCAGAAGCUCAUGUGGGCCUUCAGCAUGUACGACCUGGACGGCAAUGGCUACAUCAGCCGGGAGGAGAUGCUAGAAAUUGUGCAGGCCAUUUACAAGAUGGUUUCGUCCGUGAUGAAGAUGCCUGAGGAUGAGUCGACCCCGGAAAAGAGAACUGAGAAAAUCUUCCGCCAAAUGGACACAAACAAUGACGGCAAGCUGUCACUGGAGGAGUUCAUCCGCGGGGCCAAAAGCGACCCAUCGAUCGUGCGCCUGCUGCAAUGCGAUCCCAGUAGCGCCUCCCAGUUCUGAGCUGAGAGGAGCCAGCUCGCCUCCCUGCCUUCACCGGCCCUCCGGCUCUCAGCUUCCUCUCCCUCGUGUCUAUCCAGGCUGGGGGCCAGACUGGGGAAUCCCCUUCUGGGGUCUGCACUGUGGGGGGGCCUCUGGAGAAGCGAACCCUGCAAGGAAGGGGCUAAGCAAGACAGCCGUUAGUCCCCACGGCCCAAGAGGCAGAAUCUCCCUUAGUGGGACAGAGAUUACCCCCGGGUCAGGUUCUGUAUUCUUUCCCCAGACAGCUGGAUCACCUUCCACCCACCCACAACCCGGAGGCUCUUCCACAACACGAGGAAGAGGGGUAGGUCCUUCUUGGGUGGUCCUCAGCCUGGAGGGAGGUGGGGAUUUGUGCCAAGGUGAAGAGUCUUUUUGUUUGGUGGGGAGACCCGGAGGAUUACUGGGCUGUGGGACUUUGAAGAAGUUCCCUGAUCUACUUCCCUGCAGAAGAACACUUCCUGUCCCAGCUCUUGCUGGCUGGAGGCCAUGGUAAAAAGAAGAUCUCCCAGGAUUCCAACUGGGGGGUCCCCAAACCCAGCCUGCCUCUUUGCACUUGGAUAACCACAGAUUUACCCCGUCUGUACUCUGUAUUUCUCUCUCCUUCCCCCACCUCACACACGCACGGGCGCGCGCGCACAUGCACGCGCAACACACACAUGCGCGCGCAACACACACACGCACACAUGCACGCGCGCACACAGAGGCCCGCAGACAGAUGAGCAGAGCCCCUCCACAGCGUUCUGUGUGGGAAAGAAGUGCAGGCCCCUGGCCAAGCCCCAUGUCCCUCUGCAUGCGCCACACGGAGCGUCUUUGUUCUUUUUAAUAACUUCAAAAUAAAGUCUUGUUUCAGUG